AAUAUAUUGUAAAUACUUUAUUCAAUGUUCGAAUGCAUAGUUUUUAAAAAAGGAAUAAUACUUUAAAAUGAAUUUUGAUUCAAUUAUAAUAUUUCUAAUUUUUGCAACUUAUGGAUCAUUCUGUAAAAAUUUUUCAAAUGAUGUUGUGGAGUGUCCUUUCUGUAGUAUUAAGAAAUCUAGCGCUUAUCUUAUGGUUUCACAUAUCAACAAUGAACAUGUAGAAAAUACAAUUACCAUAUGUCCUGAAUGUCGCAAAGAUUUUCAAAAUGGAAGUGUACUCGAAGUACAUUUUUAUCUAAAUCAUAUAAAUAAAAUUGAAUAUGAUCUACUACUUGCAACUGAGCUACAGCUACAAUUUGAUGAUGAAGAACGGUUACAACAGGAGGAAAAUUUUAAUCGUAUGUCACAACUACCUACAAUAGAGAGUAAUAUAAAUCAUUUUGAAUCUGAUCUAUUAUAUGCACAGGAAUUACAGAAACAGUUACAAGAAGAGGAAGUACAGUUACAACAAACGGAAAAUUUCAGUGAGAAUAACUUGGAAGCACCUACAGUAGAAAAUAUAUCUGAACACAUUCGUCGUUUAAGUGAGAUUUCUCCUGGAAUUCGUGCUGUCUAUUUAGCAUCUUCAAUGGAUAACUAUAUGACUGCAUACAAUGAUUUUUUUUAUGGUUGUAGUUUAAGAUGUAUGCAGAUGUGGUUAUCUAGUUUAAUGCUAAAUGAGGAUUAUAAAAAACAUUUGUCUAGCAUGUUUGAUGAAUUGUAUAAUAUGUCGAUUUCGCGUUAUAGAAUGCCAACGGUGAAAAUGCUAGAAUAUCAUAUAGAAGAAUGUUGGAAUAAGGGUAUUCACACAUGGCGUAAAAAAGAAUUGUAUGCUAAAAGUAAUUAUCCCACUCAGUAUGGUUAUAAUGUUCGUGAAAUGGAUACAAUGCUUGUGGGAUUACGAAUUAAGGGAAUGUAUAGAACGUUCGACCAAAAUAUAAACCCGGAUCACUUUCAAAAUACGUUAAUUUGGUUAUAUAAUUAUUUUAGAAAUGAAACUAAUGAAAAAUAUGUGUCGCCAGUCAUACUACAUUAUCCAGAUCACGCAGUUAUAGUAGUUGGUGUAGAAAUUAGAAUAACAGAUAAUAGCAUAAUACCGUUAGUGUUGUGUCCUAGUAUGAAUUAUUCCAAUAUAAAAACUCAACAUGGAAUGAACACUUUAAAUAUCAUGCGAUCACCUUCAUUUAUAUUCAAUCACGAUAAUUAUACCGUACUUAUAAUCACAGGAAUUAUACAUGAUGAUUCAGAAUAUAAAACGAUGAUUAAAACCAGACUUAGUAAGUCAGGACGUUAUAUAAUAACUUAACUAAAUAAUAUAGACUGUAAACAAAUAAAAAUAAAUAAAUAAAAAAUUAAAUCAUCAUAGAUUUUAGUGCAAUUUGUUAUUGUUUUUAAAUAAAUGUUUUGAGAAAUUAAUGUUUUACACUUUUAUAUUCCAUUAUUGUAUUAAUAGUCGCGUAUGCUGUGUAUAAAUAUUCCACAGUUUGUUUUUUUAAAUGAAUAGUAGAAUUAUCGUCGUAAAUACCAAUAUAAGAUAGAAUAAGCUUAUUGUAUAAGCAAAACAAAAAACUGUAACUUCAAGUGAAAUUAAAAAUCACUUUUUGUAACUGAUUUUAAAUAUAACGCUUUAAAGAUUGGUAUGAUGUGAAAUAUCUUCAAAAGCAUGUAUCACAUAAAUAUGUUUUUUUUAAAUAUAAUAAAUGUAU